CACCAAGUUCAAAAACAACCCUCAUUCUCUUCUGCCGGCGUCACGGUUGCGCCGCCGUCACUCCGUUUGCUUCGCGCUCUGUUGCUGCCGUGCCCUGCGGUAAGAAGCUUUCAAUGCCCUGCGGUAAUAAUCUCAUGCCCGAAGGUUCAUCCUUUUCCCCUGAUGAAACUGAUAUUCCAAAGGGACUAAUUAGUGGUCCAUUCAAUCAAUGCCCUGCGGGGCACGAGCCAUUUGUUUCAUAUGAGGGUCUUGAGCAGCUGCACCGGUUCUUGUUUGUUCUUGGGAUCACUCAUGUUCUAUACAGUUGUCUGGCAGUCGGUUUGGCAAUGAGCAAGUCGCUACACAUGGCAACAGACUUACCACUGUUGCUGUUGAUUCGCCUCUUCUCUCAACAAUCGUUCCAUCGAUCUCGGCAACACCAUCCUAAGUAUCCAGCAGCUGUAUAGAAUAUGCUCGCUUUACUGGGAUGCUAACUACAAUACUCGAAGCGUAUCUCCUGAUGUCCUUUCGAGCAUGAGGAUGCUUAUGGUCAAGGACUCCAAUAAUGCUCAGAAUGAUUCUUUCUUGUUGGAUGAUAGCUCCAGCAUUCCUUUCUCAGUGGAUGACCUGUCUAUAUCACUGCAAGAGAAGGAUUUCUUAGACAUGAAACUGGCGGACGAGCUUCUCGAGAAUCCAGACUUCCAAUUUUUAAAUGAGUAGUAGGCAUAGUCACAAAUGUUUUUUUCUGCUUGUUUCUAGUGAAGUUGUUGACAUAUUAAGUUUCUAAUUAAUGCAUGUUUUGAGUUCAUUAUAUAUGUGUUUCUUGUUCCUGGUUGGGGGGAAGGGAUUUACCAGGCAUCAAUGUGACUCAUUUAAUAACUGAGUCAUUCUUUUAAAGGGUAAGUUCAUGGUCUUUACAAUCCCUUUAUUAU